CAAAUUAUUUUUUAGACUUGUCAGUUGAAAAACUGACAAGUCUAUGCCAUUGUCAAAACAAAUGUCAAUAUCGCAGUUUACAUCGCGAUAAUUUAUUUUCUAACCAAACUAAAAAAAACAUUAAAAGGAUUAAUUCAAUUGUAUUCAUGUGAUUACAUAAUGUUUCCAACAUUGUUAAAACGUUUUUUAGUCUUGCAAAAAAUCAAGCCGUUCCAUGCGCCGGUUUCGUCACAAAUAAGAAAGAUUCACGUGACAUCGAAUUUAAGGCAUGGGGAGUAUGAAUGGCAAGAUCCCAAGUCAGAAGAUGAGGUUGUAAAUAUAACUUAUGUAGACAAAGAUGGCAACAGAAUUAAAGUGAGAGGGAAAGUUGGUGACAAUGUAAUGUAUUUAGCACAUAGACAUGACAUUCCCAUGGAAGGAGCAUGUGAAGCAUCACUAGCUUGUACGACGUGUCAUGUGUAUGUACCACCAGAAUAUUUUGAUAAACUCCCUCAAUCAGAAGAGAAAGAAGAUGAUCUACUAGAUAUGGCACCGUUUUUAAAAGAAAAUUCUAGACUAGGUUGUCAAAUUACACUCACCAAAGAUUUAGAAGGUAUGGAAGUGCAAUUACCUAAAGCUACAAGAAACUUCUAUGUUGAUGGACACAAACCUAAACCGCACUGAAGUAGAACUAUUUUAGUAUGUUGUAAGCAUAUUACGAGAGAAGGUAGCCAACAAUUCAACAGAUUUCUUUAUUAAUGGUCAGUAUGUUGAAACAGGGUGAAUCGAUAAACAGAGGGGAUGAAUAAAUGUUGGCGUAUUUCCUAGCAUUUAUUUAUCCCUCUUCUGUGUCUUUUCACCCUGUUUAACGGUAUCUAAUAGUCCAAUAAGCAGAUUGUCAUACUGUCUUCGAAAAGUUCACAUAAAAACUUUUUACACAU